AUGAUUGCUGGUGUGCUAGGAGGGAAUCCCAACGGGGCGAGAAUUGGUGCUAACACACAGCUGGGAGAAUUUCAAAGGAAUAAUCUUCCAUUGUUAAAAGGCACUCAUGAUCUUGAAGAUGCUCAGAAGUGGCUGAAGGAGAUCGAAAGGAUCUUUUGGGUGAUAGAUUGUGCUAAGAAUAUGAAGGUGAGGUAUGUUACUCACAUGUUAUCUGAGGAAGAUGAUGACUGGUGGGUUGCUACUAGAGAUGAAAUUGAUGCUGAUGGUGUAGCAAUUACUUGGGCUGUGUUCAGAAGAGAAUUUCUAAGAAGGUACUUUCCUGAAGAUGUUCGGGGAAGAAAAGAGAUUGAAUUCUUAGAGCUGAAGCAGGGUAGUAUGACGGUGCCUGAGUAUGCUUCUAAAUUUAUUGAGCUGGCAAAGUACUAUAGUCACUACAACAAUGAAGAAGCUAGCGAAUUCUCAAAGUGUAUCAAUCGGAUCUUUGAAGAAGAUAACAUAAAGCUGAAGUUAUCUCACUCUCGCGAGUUGGUUGACAAAAAGGGAAAUAAGCCUAUGGAUAGAGGUAAGUCAUAUGGCAAAGGUAAUCUGAAAGCUGGUGGUUGGAAAAGGCCUAGUGGGGGAGACUCUAGUUAUCUUGUUAGGUGCUAUAGGUGUGGGGAAGCUGGGCAUCGCAUCCAUGAGUGCAAGAGUGAAGAGAAUAAGUGA